UCGUCACUGUAUUUUUCUUUCCUAAAAGGUCCCAAGAAAACAUAAUUCCCAAACAAGCCCAUUUUUCCCAUUAUUGAUUUGGAUUUUCAAAUAAAAAUCUUUCAUUUUUUUGCUUAAUUUCAUCAGCGCAUGCAAUUCUUGCCAACUGCUGAGCUGAUUUCAAGAGAGUGAGAGAGAGAGAGAGAAACAAGAAAGUAGAGAGAUUUUAUUUCUGUUUUGCUCAUUUCUUCCAAGGAAGAAAGAAGUCUUUUUCUUUCUAAUUGUUUUUGGGUUUGUCACUGGAUGGGGAAAGAAUCCCAUUAAGCGGAAAAACAAUCUGACUGAAUCUUGAUUGCUCUAUGUUUUCCUCAGGUUUUUCGUCUUUGUAUCCAGCUUCUUGAUUUUGAUUAUUUUGAAGUGGGAAAAGUAGGUUAAAAAUUCAUGGGUGGGUUUGAUGAUCAUGUUGCUAUUAUGGGAGAUUGGAUGCCUCCGAGCCCAAGUCCAAGAGCCUUUUUCACAUCAAUGAUCGCCGAUGAUGUUGUGGCACGGGCAAUUGCAGACUCUAGUGUUGAAAAUGAAGGUCGCCCUCCUUUUCUGGGUCCUGAAGGACACAGUGCAUCUGGAAGUGCCGAUCGAAAUGAUCUGAGGCAAGCUAGCACAGUAGGUGAUGAAGCAAGCAACUCAAAUUCACUCAACGGACCAAAGCUGAGCUCCCGAGGAGGCCUUAUGGAGAGGAUAGCAGCCAGAGCUGGUUUCAAUGCUCCGAGAUUGAAUACAGAAAGCAUUAAACCAGCUGACCUUUCUAAGAACCAAGAAGUUCGGUCUCCUUAUCUGACAAUUCCUCCCGGUCUUAGCCCAGCAACUCUGCUAGAAUCUCCCGUUUUCCUCUCUAAUUCACUGGUUCUGCCAUCUCCUACAACUGGAAAAUUUUCUUUUGCCCCGAGUGGAAACAAUCAGAACUCUAUGUUGAUGUCAGAUGAUCCUGACAAGGGCAAGGAGAAUACUUCUGGGGAUACCUCAUCAUUUGCAUUCAAACCUAUUCCUGAAUCCGGAACAAUCCCAUAUUUUAGUGCAGCUAACAAAGCAUAUGAUUCUGGUUUUGCUCCUCAGUCUUUUCCGGGUGUUGGGGUUUCUGCUCGUUCAGAUACCUCGUUUCUGCAUCGAAGUGCAGAACCUCCAGAGAUCCAAACCUUCUCUAAACCACAUGCGGAAAAAAAGGCAGGCAGCAAUCUCUCGUCGGAGCAGACUUACCAUUCUGUUGGUUUUGCAGAGAACUCCCCACCUCUUGAUGAGCCACAUGGGGAUGAUGGAGAUCAAAGGAGCAGUGGAGAUAAUAUUGGUGGCAGCCAAGCCGAGGAUGGUUAUAAUUGGAGAAAAUACGGGCAGAAACAAGUAAAAGGAAGCGAGUAUCCUAGGAGUUAUUACAAGUGCACGCAUCCAAAUUGUGCAGUCAAGAAAAAAGUGGAACGGUCUCAUGAAGGUCAUAUCACUGAGAUAAUUCACAAGGGAGCCCACAACCACCCAAAACCUCCCCCCAAUCGCAGAUCAGCCUUUGGGUCCUCAAGUGCACUGAGUGACAUCCAGCUUGAGUCUGAACAACCCGGGACAGAUGCAAAUGGUGAUCUCGUCUGGUCAACUGUACAAAACGGGAAUGCUCCAGGAGCCCCAGAUUGGAGGCAAGACAAUCUUGAAGCAACAUCCUCGGCAGAAUUGGUCCAAGAAUACAGCAAUGGAGCUACUUUCCAGGCUCAAAAUGGUGCCCAAUACGAGUCAGGUGAUGCUGUGGAUGGUUCUUCUCCUUUCUCAAAUGAUGAGGAAGAUGAUGAUCAGGCAACACAUGCGAGUGUAUCAUUAGGUUAUGAUGUCGAAGGAGAUGAAUCAGAAUCAAAGAGAAGGAGAAUUGAAACUUAUGCUUCGGAAAUGAGUGGGGCUACCAGAGCCAUAAGGGAGCCAAGAGUUGUGGUCCAAACGACCAGCGAGGUGGACAUCCUCGAUGAUGGGUAUCGUUGGCGCAAGUACGGGCAGAAAGUUGUGAAAGGAAAUCCAAAUCCAAGGAGUUACUACAAGUGCACAAGUGCCGGUUGCAACGUCCGGAAGCACGUUGAGAGGGCAUCUCACGACCUGAAGUCCGUGAUAACUACAUAUGAGGGUAAGCACAAUCACGAUGUCCCUGCAGCCCGUAACAGCAGCCACGUUAAUUCCGGGGGGUCAAACACACUUCCUGCACAACAAGCUCAUGGAGCUGCUGUUUCAAGUCAAGUACACCGACCCGAGCCUUCUCAAAUUCACGGCAGUGCAGCCCAGUUCGAGAGACCUGGGCUGGGCUCAUUCAGUCUCCCAGGUAGGCCGCAGCUCGGAUUGGGCCCUGGCUUUGGGUUUGGGAUGAACCAAGCAGGGCUAGCUAGCCUGGGACUGGCUAGGUUGGGCUGUAAUCAAAGCAAGUUACCAGUAUUGCCAGUUCAUCCAUAUCUAGGACACCAACCUCGACCGAUGAGUGGCAUGGGUUUAAUGCAGCCAAAAGCAGAACCCAAAUUGGAGCCUCUCACAGAUUCUGUAUUGAACUCGUCCCACAGGUCCUCAGUUUAUCAGCAGCUCAUCAGUCGAUUGCCGCUUGGACCACAAAUGUAAAUUUUUGGAAUUUUUGUCCUUAAGAAAGUUGACGUACUAAAUUUUAUACUCUCAGUUAUUGGUAUUUUCAUUCGCUCUUUAUUGCAUUGACAGAGAAAUAUCUGUCCAUUGAAAUUUAGAUUCUUUAUUAGAUUUAAGUUUGAGCAAUAUUCAAAAUGAAUAAUUACA